CACAGGCUACUAAUUAAUUUUAUUUUAAUCUCGCUCGCGGGCGCAGCUAAUAUUUUAUUUUUUUACUUAUUCACUCGACGUUAUAUAUGAUCUCUGAAGUAUUUUAACAACGUUAUAUUACUUAUUAAAACUAUAUUUCUCUAUAUGGGCCAAAAAUAUUCAUAGAAGCCAAUUAAAAAAAACAACCACAUAUUUGAUUUAGUAAUCAUGGAUAAAGACGAAACAGUCUCUGUAUCAAAGGGCGUAUUUUUAUUCAAAAAUGGAUUCAAGAAAAGUUUAAAAGCUAAACACAAAAAUAAAGCAUGGGUUCAAUCUCGGUUUAGAAGACAGCCUUGGUACGACUGUUUCCAACAGAACUGGGAUUUGUUUGAAGUUCAUAUAAAGGAAUUACAUCAUCAAACAUAUAGUACAUUACUGAAUGAUAUCGUCAAUUACAUAGAGUUUCAUCACAUGAAUAAUGAUUUAGGAUCAAUAGAAGGAGUUAUUCCUACUGCAACACUAAUAACUGGAGUUAAUCAACCAGACCAUGUCUCUCAGUUUAAUGCACUAAUUAAUAUAAUAAGAGAAAAUGUAACACCACACAUUGCUAUGACUAAUUCACAAGAUGGGUCAACAAUCAAGUUACUUGUGGAAAAUGUUGUUUGGCAAUUGAUACAUGGACAAGGCAUGUUGGAUAAUUCAGAGAAUGAGAAUUUUGAUGAAAGUAUGGAAUAUAAAGUGCCAAAGUUAAAGAAAAAUCAGUGUACAAUGAAAUCUUUGUACAAUUGGUAUCAAAAUGCAUGUGUUAAUUCACCGAGUAAGAAAAAAAAAGUCAACACAAAAAGACCACUUAUUAUUAUCAUACCUGACUUUGAGAGUUUUCAUUGUAAUGUUUUGCAAGAUUUUGUUAUGAUUGUUAGUUCGUAUAUAGCUAAACUUCCUAUAGUCCUAGUUUUUGGAGUAGCAACAUCUGUUUCUGCUUUACAUAAGUCGUUUCCAUAUCAUGUAUCUUCAAAAUUACUCAUGAAGGUUUUCCACUCUCAUUCAUCACCAGUUUAUAUGAAUCAAGUAUUAGAAAACAUCUUCCUCACGCACACCAGCCCAUUCCAUCUCUCUGGAAAAGCGUUUGAAUUGUUAACGGAUGUGUUCCUAUUUUAUGAUUUCUCAGUUGCUGGACUUUUACAAAGUAUAAAGUAUUGUAUGAUGGAUCACUACUACGGAGACAAUAUUAAGACACUUUGUUGUGCCCAACAAGACAUAGAUGGCGCUGUCUCGGCUUUGUCAUCUCACGAUUUGGAAAGUGUCAGACAAUUGCUUUCUUUCAGACCGUACCUAGAAAAACAAAGUUGCAAAAUAAAAAUUAAAUUAUUCGAAGAUGAUGACUUCUUCAGAGAAACUUUAUGCAAAAAAAUGCAAGAACUUCACGAUUAUUUAUUUAGUUUUUAUUCAUGUAUUAGAUUAUUGUUCGUCUUUAUAAAAGAUUUACCAAAGAAUAUUUUAGGAAAGUCUGUUCGUGAAAUUUAUUCAAAGUGCGCUGUCGAAAAUAUAACCAGCACUCAAGUUUUUCGUGAAUGUAUGCAAUUAAUAAAUUUUCAAUCACAAUAUAAAUUAGUGGACAGUAUAAAAGAUGCAUUGAAAUCAGUGAAUACUUCUUUACAAAUUACAUCGCCGAUUAAACCACUUCGAUCAACGCCAGUUAAAAACAAUCAGAAUGAUAUGCCAAUAAAUACUAUCGGUGAAUCGUUAAUGAAAACAAUAAGGAUACAUUUAAUGAUGUUUUUAAGACAAAUAGAAAGUGCUAACAAUCAAACUACAUUGUUAACUGAUGGUGAUGAAGAUGUAGACAUUAAGCCAGAGGCGGUACCAGGUGACAGAUAUAAAUUAAAAGAGAAGCUACUUCGAGCAACGAGAGUGGAACGUGUGCAGUCAGAAUAUGAAAUGAUAAGGUCUAGGUUUGUGAGUUACUUGGAGGAGAUGUUCGCUAAAGCAUUGCAACCGCCGCACACGCAGACGUUCCACGAGAUUUUGUUCUUCAGCGAUGUCAGCAAUGUAAAGAAGCAGAUCGUUGGCUCUCCCAGAGGAGCCAUACACACCGCGUUGAGCAACCCUGUUUCUUAUUUACAAUGUAAAUGCUGUAUCCUGCCGUCACCGGAGAGCGUGUCUGAUACAUUACCCGACGUGUCUCUGACAUACAAGCUGCAUAGAGAGUGCGGCAAACACAUCAACCUGUACGACUGGCUGCAGGCCUUUGCGGCUAUAGUUAACCCAACUGAAGAUGACCAAGCGCAUCAAGACCCUAUUGUACAGUCUAGAUUUAGCCGCGCCGUAGCUGAGCUUCAAUUCCUAGGAUUCAUAAAGUCGUCUAAAAGAAAGACUGAUCACGUAAUGCGUUUGACUUGGUAAAGUACAAUAAAAUGGUUUCAAUAUGUGUUUUUAAUGUG